AUGUAUUAUGACAAACAACACGUCAGAGAAAAGUUUUUUGAGUUAAACGACCCCGUAUGGAUAAACAACCCAUUCACCAAGGGAUCAACGCCAGAGGUAUCAACACCUCCAAACAUAAAUGUUCUCCACGAAGAUGUAAAAGAUAACAUUAAGCAAUACUUAGAAAAUCAAGGAUACACUAAUAUUACUAUAAAAGUUGAACUAGGAAGUAAUUUAGGCGAUAAUUUUUUGGGUUUUAUCGGAAAAUUAACAAUCACUUGCACCAACAAGGAAAAAGAACAAAAAGAAUUUCAUUGGAUCGUAAAAACAGCGCCAAAUUUGAGCGAACAUAGAAGAAUGAUGGCCGUGGAUACAGUUUACGCGAGGGAAGCUCACGUAUACGAAAACAUAUUCACAUUAUUUCAACAAUUUCAACAUGAAAAAAACAUUUUAGAACCAUUCGAGCAACACGCAGGGUUUAUUUUAUCCUAUCUAAAUUUGAAUAAAGAGAGCAUCGUAAUGAACGACAUGAAACAUAUCGGCUAUGUUAUGCGCAAUCGCAAAGAUCCUUUAGAUUUGAAUCACGUGAAAUUGGUUGUAAAAUCUUACGCAAAAUUACACGCAAUCAGUUACGCUUUAAAGGAUCAAAAAAUCGAUGUUUUUAAUAAAUUAGUUGAAUCGACGAAAGAUAUCAUUAGUGAGUUUAUGUUUACAGAAGAACAACUUAAAAAUCAAACUCGUUUAAAUGCGCUUGCUUUGGAGGCUUUAGAUCCGGUUAAAGAUGAAAAAGUUCUGAGUGGGUAUCAAAAAUAUCUUGAUACUUAUAAAGAGGUUUUACCAAAACUUUUAAAAGAUACUAAUAAUAGUCGAUUUGUUAUUGGGCACGGUGAUAGUUGGGUAAAUAAUAUGUUAUGGAAAUACGAUACAAAUAUAUGUAGCAAAUUAAGCGUUAAUGAUGUACCAAAAAAUGUUUGUUUACUCGAUUGGCAAAUGGCACGUUAUGGCUCCCCAGCUUGCGAUUUAUCUUAUUUCAUUUUUACUUGCACCACUAAAGAAUUAAGAGAUAAACAUUACGAUGAAAUAAUUAAACUAUAUUAUUACACGUUAUGCGCGCAUUUAAUUGAAUUAGGAACUAAUCCCGAGAAUUAUUUAACUUUUGAUGGGUUACAAGAGGAAUUAAAAAGGUAUUCCUUGAUUGGAUUGUUUACCACGGUUAUGGUUUUAACGGUUAUAACAAGAGAUACAAAUGAAAUUCCUGAAUGGCGAGAGAAAGGCAUUGAUUCAGUAGCCGAAGAACUUUUUAUGACAAAGAGUAAAAAUGCUAAUGAGUAUAAUGAAAGGGUUAGAGGAGUAUUGGUGGAUUAUUAUGAGAAAGGAUAUUUUGAUGUUUUAUUAUAA